AUGAAGAUGGAGGCCAGUUUUGACACAGAGGAGAGUUUUGACGACCCGUCAUGUCUUGCCCCCCAGCCCCCCUCCUCCCCGGGCAAGAGGACCACCAACGAGGUGAAGGAGACCAAAACCACUAUAAACGGGGUGACGUUUCCUCUUCCUGGUGAGGGUCCGGAGCAGCCUCUGCUGAAACCUAACGAAUGGAGUUACUGUGACUAUUUCUGGACGGACAAGAAGGACCCUCAGGGGACGACGUCGGUGGUGGGCUUCGAGGUUCUGGUUCAGAAGCAGCUGAAGGGGAAACAGAUGCAGAAGGAGAUGUCUGAGUUCAUCCAUGAGAGGAUAAAGAUCGAAGAAGAGUACGCCAAAAACCUGUCGAAGCUGUCUCUGAGCCCUCUGGCAGCUCAGGAGGAGGGGACUCUGGGGGAAGCGUGGACGCAGCUGAAGAAGAGUCUUCAUGAUGAAGCUGAGGUUCAUCUCAAGUUCUCCAACAAGCUGCACUCUGAGGUGGAGAAACCUCUACUGACGUUCAGAGGAGACCACUUCAAAAAAGACCUGAAGAAGUACGAACAUCAACUCACCGACCUCAGGAAGCAGCUGACCAGCCGCUACGCAGGUGUGGAAAAGGCUCGUAAAGCCCUUGCAGACAGGCAGAAGGAUCUGGAUUUGAAGACCCAGCAGCUGGAGGUCAAACUGAGCAACAAGACAGAGGAGGACAUCAAGAAGGCCCGCAGGAAGUCCACACAGGCAGGGGACGACCUGAUGCGCUGCAUCGACCUGUACAACCAGACCCAGUCCAAGUGGUUUGAAGAGAUGGUGACCAGCAGCAUGGAGCUGGAAAAACUGGAGGUGGAGCGGAUCGAGUGGAUUCAGCAGCAUUUACGUCAGUACACCACCCUGAGACACGAAACAGACAUGUUCAACCAGAGCACGGUGGAGCCGGUGGAUCAGCUCCUGCAGAACGUGGAGCCGGGAAAAGACAGAGAGCUGUGGGUGAAGGAGAAUAAAACAGGCGAGGUCCGACCCGUGGAUCUGGACAUUUAGACGGACUGACCUGGGAUCAGUCGGCAGUAUUUAAACACACAAAGAGCUUUUAGAUCACACUGAUCCAGGGACAGUUCAGACGUUCUUCUGUGACCGAACAAUUCAAGGAAAAGUUCAAACAUCACCGUCUGGGUCCAGAAAACAGAAACGGAUCAAAGUACCAGCAUGUUCCUCCUAAAUUAACCCUUUCAUUGCCAACAUUAGCUCACUGAAUGCCAUCUAACAUACUCUGCUGUUUACCUGUUGUAAAGUUAAAUGAUCUGUAGUUUCAAUUUUCAUCUUGAGCUUAAUCCACACUUUUCAAGUUUGAGGAAACCAAACAAAAAAAGACGUGAUAAUUGAUAAAACUUUUAUUUUAGAUACAGAUUCUGAAGCACACUGAUCUCAGAAUGAAUAUGAUAUAUUUUCAUAUUUUGCUGGUUCAUUUUGGUGAAAUAUGCAUGUUUGACUUUGUUGCUUUAACUGUUUAUGGAGAGCUGCUCAGUUUGUGAACCAUGAUGGUUGUUUGUUGUUGAAAUAGUAGAAAGAAUUCUGCUUCAGUGACAGAAUAAAGAACAAACUCUCUCCAAAACACAAAGAGAGAUUUUACAUGUACAGCGUCAAUACCCAGAAACCUCAGCCGUGAACACUCUCAGUGUUUGGAUGUGAAUCUGUCCCCGCUUUCGGUGGAUCAGGUUCAGGCCCGGGUCUGUUCUGGAUCAGUCCGGAGGAAAAAGGUGGUUUAAACCCUCUGAAACACCUUUUAGUGCCUAACGGUGAAACACCUGGAAUGAUCAGUGUACAUUUGUACAGACAGGCUCCAUAUGUUUCAUGUUUAAAGGCCCAUACCUGAGGCCACAGGUGUUUGUACUGUACCAUGUUGUGUUUUAUUUUUGGUAAAUGUAUGGAGAUUAUCUUUAUGAUGGAGGAGGGGGAAAAAAAGAUCACAUGCAGUAAAAACAGAUAUUUGUGACCGAGUGAAAGGGCCAUCUUAUAGAAGAAAAAGAAAAUGAGUUUUUGAGAUUAAAGUUUUGAAUUUACAAGAAUAAAGUCACAAGUUUAUGAGAUUAAAGUCGGUAAUUUAUGAGAAUCAAGUCACACAUUUACCAAAAUAAAGUACUUAAUUUAUGCAAAUGGAGUAAUACAUUUCAGAGAUCAAGUAACAGAUUUGCAGCAGAAGAAGUCAAUUUACGGUAAACUCGUAAAUAUAAGAAAAAAAAUCUCGUAAUUUUAAGUUACGUUAGCCUGCAUGUUAUUUUGAAGGGGAACUCAAAUGAUGAUCUUGGUGAGUUACUGUAUGUUGAGUAUAGGUUUCAUUAAUCAUUGAAUACUCUUGAAUCUUUAGCACAACAAAAUCACAUGCUUUAUUUUUCGAAGAUUACAACUUUAUUUUCAUAAAUAAAAGUCCUUAAUUUUGAAAAUUGAAGUGCUUAUUCUAAUAAAUUUAAGACUUUAAUCUUGGCAAUCUCAAAAUGUGUAUUCCCAAUGUGGCUCAAAAAGAGAGUCAGCAUAUUUCAAACUAAGAGAAGGUAGGGCUGUGAAUUUAUGAAAAAUAUGGUUUACAAAUAAAUACAUAUUUUAUGAUGGACUGCAUGUACAGUGUGUGUGUGUGUCUGUGUGUGUGUGUGUGUAUCUGUGUGUCUCUACAUUCUGUUGUGCUCUGUCUGUUCUGGAUUAUUUGGAUUAUUACCUUUCUGCGGACGUUCUUUUUUAUUUUCCAAAAAAGCACGAAGCCAAUCAAAUAAAGAUUUCAGUGGUAAUCCUAAUCCAGCUGCCUGCUCUGAAAAAUACAAACUGCUUACCUGCCUUAUCUUACAUAAUGCUAAAGUGCAUUACACAGUGUUUAGUUGAUGAAAGUCUUUAUUCGUUGUGUGGAUGGAUGCAGCACGUUCAGACUGUAAAGGCUUCAUGCAGGUUUAAUCAGUGUGUCAGUGUUGUGCUUUAAAUGUUUAAUAAGUUUAAAUUAAAUGUUCAGAAUCAGCAGUUUGAUGAUGAUGUGAGCAUUUUCAUACCGUGCUUUAAAUCUGAUGUUUCUGUGUUUUCACAAUGUUUUGAUCAUACGUGACCUCUGUCAGACGUGUUCUGUGGAAUGCAGCGUCUAAAAUAAAUCUCCUUUUAAAAUUAAACUUCACCCUGUCAUUAUGUAACCACUGAGAGGAUUUCACCAAUGUAAUAUUUUGUGAUUUAUGCUGUUGUGUUUUUAAAGCACAGUCACCAUGUGACCUCUCUGUGUCAUUAGGUAAACCUCUGAGCCUCAGUUCAGAUCACUGACUUACCUGGAUCCUCUGCAGAACAGACCUGGGAGCAUUUAAACCAGGUGUACGACACUGAUACAGAGAGUGUAAUGUCCCAAGCCCAAACCAGCUUAAAGACAAACAGCAUCAUGGGUAUUACGUAAUGUCAUAUCAAAUAAACUCCAGUAACUAUUAAUAAUAACACAGCUCAGUGUUUGGGGAUGUUCUUAAUGACAUUCAGAUGAGAAGUUUGAUACCUCACAUGUCUGUCUGCUGGUAUGAAACUAGCAGCUGUUUAGCCUAGCUUAGCAUAAAGACUAGCUGGGAAACAAAAUUAUGAACAAUAUCAAUAAGAUUUCAAUUUCUUUUCCAUUUCUUGUAUUUUAAAAUGUGUAGGUUCAUCUGAACCAAGGGUAAGAGAGGCUAGUAUUUAGUUAAAAAUGUAAUAUUCUGUACUUACAGAUUGUAACAGAAAUCACUUUUGUUUGCAAACAAAGCACAGACAUGACUCUUC